UAUUAGAGCGUAAGCUCAUUGACUGGGAUGCUGGCUUUCUGGUAUUUGUGUAUGAAUACUUCAAUGCUGUGCUCAUAAAUGAACGAGAUGAAGAAGGAAACUAUCUGGAGCUGGGGAAGGAGUUCAUUCUAGUGCCAAAUGACCACUUCAAUAACUUGCCUGUGAACAUCAGUCUGAGUGAUGUCCAAGUACCGACCAAUAUGUACAAUAAGGAUCCAGCCAUUGUAAAUGGAGUUUAUUGGUCAGAAUCUUUAAAUAAGGUGUUUGUUGAUAAUUUUGAUCGUGACCCUUCUCUCAUCUGGCAGUACUUUGGAAGUGCAAAAGGAUUUUUCAGACAAUAUCCAGGAAUUAAAUGGGAACCUGAUGAGAAUGGAGUCAUUGCAUUUGACUGCAGAAAUAGAAAAUGGUACAUCCAGGCAGCAACUUCUCCGAAAGAUGUGGUAAUUUUAGUAGAUGUCAGUGGCAGUAUGAAAGGGCUUCGCUUGACUAUUGCAAAACAGACAGUUUCAUCUAUUUUGGAUACCCUUGGAGAUGAUGACUUCUUCAAUAUAAUUGCU